CCAGUAGGUUAUACGCAGCUAUCAUCCGGUACGUAAACAAAAUUGUUUAUGUGGUAACGGCCGGAAAGCGACGUAUGCGUAAAACGAAAAUUAUGAGGUAAAGACAUCAAUCGGAUGUCCCGAAACCGGUGCCUUUUUCCGAAAUGUAAAUUAUAAAUGUAACAGAGUGACAAUAUUGGCAAAUAUCAUCCUUUUCUCAGAAGAAUGAAAGUGACGACGUUAAAAGGCAUUUUUCCAGACCCUAAACCAGUCAGAAGGAAGAAUUUUAUUCAAGAAAAUGUGAAAAAUCUCCGGCGAAUGGAACAAUGCUUCCAAGCGAAUAAAGAGCUGGAAGAACUAGAAAAGUUACAAUUACACAAGCAUCACAGGAGUACAGACAAGUACCAGAAUGUAUCUGCGAAGGUGGUCACUACCUUCCGGGACAAGAAGAAACAUGAGAGCUAUUUUAAUGUUGAGCGAGUAUCAAAUGAUAAAGUGGAAAUUGAUGAACAAGCUCAGAAUAGGACCAAUGUAUUUGAAUAUGAUAAAAAACAUGCUGUUUCUACUACCAAAAAGGUUAUUGGACCAGGAAUGAAUAAUAACAUGACGGACAAACAAAAGAGAACUGGUAAACAUAAGAGUCAGCAGAGAUUGCAACCAAAGAUUUCGCCUGAACCAAAUGUAUUGCAUAAAUCUGAUACUGCUGCAAAUGGUUUGGAAUGUUUGGAUGCACAAAGCACUGUUAAGUACCGAAGUCAGGGGAUUCAGACUUUAGAUACAGAUCAAUUGGAAAGUAUAUACUCUGAAGGUGUUAUUCGAUAUCCAUCAAAGAAGGUUACAAAGUACGAAACAGCAAACAAUGGUGAUUUAAAUAAACAAGAAGGGAAGACCUUGAAGAAACAAUCUGAUUCGCCUGCAGAUAGAGGUGAUAUGCAUGAUCCAGAAGACUUACAGAAAGCUGAUUUACGAAAUUCCAUGUCGCCAGCACCUAAAGAGGAAAUCGAUUUUAUCAAAUUAAAUAAAGAACGUACCUCUGUUGCCAAUAAACUGAUGACACAACUUAACAAUGGUGUACCACCUCCAAAUUAUCGCAAGGGAGUUUUGCCUAAAUAUCUUCGAGAUAGAAAGGAAGCACAAGAAAAAGAACAAAAGGCCAAAGCAGAAGCAUUGCAUUCUGAUUGUCCGGAGGGUCACGUGCCUUUACCUGAUCACGAACGCAAGGAGACAUUACGAUUAUUAAAAAAAAAUUAUCAGGAGUACGUCAACGAAUUAAAUAUGAUGCCUAUAAAAACGGAUACUCUUAGAGCACAAAGGCGCAAGAUCGAUAUAGAGAAGCAAUUGAAUAAACUGGAAGAAGGGAUCAAAGUAUUUUCGCGUCCAAAGGUUUACGUGAAGAUAAAUGCAUAAUCGCGUUGCUUCAACUAGAACGCAAUGUGUAUGUAUAGAAAUGUUGAGUGUCCGUCCAUGCCCUAAUUCAAAAUAUCGUAUAUUAUUUGAGAAUCCAAUUACAAACGUCAUUGUAUCGUGGCAAA